AUGGAGAAAGCUGGCUGCAAUUCGUCCCAUGGCAAAAGGGAGAUCCAGCCGCUCCACUACCUGAGCAGAGAAGAGGCAGAGGCCAUCGAGAAGGAGCUCCUGGAAGAAUUCCGAUUUGGACAGCAACAGCUGAUCGAGAUCUGGGGUCACGCCUGUGCCAUGGCGGUGGCCAAGGUUUUCCCUCUGCGUUCUCUGGCGAAGAAGCAGCCGACAUUAUUGGUGGUCUGUGGCUGUGAACAGAACGGGGCGAUCGGCUUGGCGUGCGCACGGCAUCUGCGUGUGUUUGAAUAUGAGCCAACGAUCUACUACCCCAAGAGAUCUUCUAACCCUCUUUAUAGGGAUUUUACUACACAGUGCGAGAAGAUGGAUAUCCCGUUUCUUUCCUAUCUGCCCACGGAGGUCCAGCUCAUCAGCGAUGCCUACAACCUGGUGAUCGAUGCCGUUCUGGGCGUGGAGGCUAACCCGGCUGAGGUAGCAGAGCCAUAUAUCAGCGUCUUGGCUACUCUCAAGCAAAUCCGGGUCCCCCUUGUCAGCCUGGAUGUCCCCUCUGGGUGGGACGUGGAGUCCGGCAGCAGCGAGGGGAUCAGUCCCGACGUUCUUGUCUCACUGGCUGCUCCCAAGCAGUGUGCCACCCGAUUCAUGGGCAAGCACCACCUGGUGGCCGGGCGCUUUCUCCCUUACGACGUGCAGAAGAAAUUUGAACUCAAUUUGCCGGAGUACACUGGCACAGAAUGUGUGGUUUCUCUUUAAGGACCCGGAGGCGUUCGCCGUCAAGCUGAGCGGGGUCCUCUGGCCACCAAGACAACCCUCAGCCUGCAUAGUUGGGAUGGCGAGGCUGGCCGAAGUCCCUGGUAUUAACCAUGUCAGUUUCUAGACUUUGGAAUAUUCCAUAGUGUGUAGGGGGGAUUAAAAGUAAUGCUUUUAUUAUGUUGUGUAAACCAGGCAAAC